AUGGAGAAUAAGGAGGACAAAAGUAAAAAGAUCCCUAUGAAGAACAAGCCGUCAGCGGCCACUCCCACGAUUGUGAAAGACAAAGUAGAAUACAAAAAUAAGCAGCGUUGUUUGGUUCUUGCAUCUCGCGGAAUUAGUUAUCGCACCCGUCAUUUAAUGAAGGACUUGGAAGCGUUGAUGCCGCACUAUAAGUCGGAGGUGAAGCUUGAUUCGAAGCGUGGUUUGUCCGCCAUUACGGAAAUGGCCGAGUUAAAGUCCUGCACCACUUCCAUCUUUUUUGAGACACGCAGUCACACUGAUGUGUACAUGUGGAUCAGUCGUAUUCCUGACGGUCCCUCGGUUCGCUUUUUAGCUCAAAACAUCCACACGACCGAGGAAUUGAAGAUGACUGGCAAUUGCCUGAUGGGCUCGCGCCCUCUGCUCGUGUUCGACAGCGCCUUCGACAAGUCCCCGGAGCUCCGUCUGAUCAAGGCUCUCUUCAAGCAGGUCUUCGCGGUGCCGCGCGGACACCCGAAGAGCAAGCCGUUCGUGGACCACAUCAUGUCUUUCUUCUUCCUGGACGGUCGCAUUUGGAUUCGCAACUACCAGAUUUCGGAGCGCGGACAUGACGAGCACGAGGCCGAGAAGUUCGCGAAGCGCGGGCACGAGCCGCAGCUCACGGAGAUCGGUCCCCGCCUGGUUCUGGAGAUCAUUCGCAUCUUCGACAACAGUUUCAUGGGGAAGACGCUCUACGAGAAUCCCAACUACAUUUCGCCCGCAAAGAGCCGGUCGCUGGUGAAGAAGAAGUCCAGCGGCAGCUACGCGAAGCGACAGAAGGCCCUGGAGGAGCUGCACAAGCGACAGGAGGAGCGCGUGAUGCCUGAGGACGAGCUAGCUGAUGUCUUUGAAUCGUGUGUUUUUUGA